UAUAAAGUAAGUACAUACUUAAGGUAACUUAGUACAUAUUAAUUGAAAAAUACAUUUAUAAAGCUUAAAGGCUACCUUUAUACCUACUUAAAGGUGUGUUAAUGGAAUAAACAUCGAAUAAAUUAACAAAAACAUCAAGCAUGCUACUGUUUACCAAUUAGAUUUUAAAAAAUGUCUAAAAAAACUAUUCUAUAACACACAUGUAGUAGACAUCACCAUGCGUAAACAAAAAGCGUAAACAUUGAACCUAAUGACUCACAAAGACGAUGUUUCAUUAUUCAUUAUCAUAAACACGAAGUUAUUUAGUUCCACACUAACUCUUGAUCAUAUAACACGUAUAAAUACAUUUGCUGUACAAUAUAUUUCAAUAUUAGUUAAGUUAAAUAUUUUUUAUCCUCUAACAGACGUUCAAGGCUGUUGUUAUUGAGUGAAGGCGUAUGACACAGAUACCGUGCUGCGUACCGAGACCGAGGACCUACUCGAAUGUUUCCGAUAUUUUCCUUAACGCUCGAGAACAAAGAAAUACUAGUUACAAAAUUAUAAACACUUUCCAAUAAGCGACGCGCCAGCCUGUUGAUACAACCACGUGUACGGAACUAUACAUACGUGAAAACGUGAGACGAUGCGAUUGCCCGACGCGCGCGUAUGAUAAAAAUCGAAUGCAAAAAUGAUUAAAAGGAACGGCGAUAAUGUAUUUGCGAUCGCGUCGAGCGGCAAUCAGUGCCCGGCCAGAAGCGCUGCCGCCGUCUCGCUCUGUCCCGGAGCUAGUCCCGUCGUCACGAGGAUCCCGCAGCCGCGCGCCGCCAGGAUGCCGCCGCCCGCGGACCCAGAACACAACUCCAAGGAAGCCAACAUCGCCCUGAGCACAUACGUCGAGAAAUGGAAAAACAAAUACGAGGAGGCUGAUAGAAAACACAAAGCAUGCCUUCUCAAAAACGAAAAAGCCAGGCGCGACGCCACGGAGCUGCAGCGCCGCUGCAACAUCGUCACAGAAGAACGGAACCACCUGGAGGCCGAGCUGAGAGAAAGAGAGAGAGAACUGAACAAGCUGAGACAGGUGUCGGAGAAGCUGUUUGCCGAGUACCAGCAGCUCAAGAACCAACAUGAGGUUGACGCUGGGGUCAUGCAGAAGGUUAUGCAACAAGCCGGCGAGUGGUACAAGCAGAACAAGCAGCUGAAGCGACGCAGCACCGCCCUGCUGCAGGCCCUCCCGCCCAGCGCCGUGGAGAUAGACCUCACCGACUCCAGCGACAGCGUAUCAGACGCGAGCACCAACGAAGAGAUCGAGUUCCUCAAGCAGACAGUCUCCUCCCUCAGCCGCCAGGUGGCGGAACUACAGACGCAGCUCGAGGCGGCACAGUUACAAGAGUUCGAGGCUCAACAGCAACUUGUCACGGUUACUGAGGAGCUAGAAAUAGAACGCGAGAAGACCUCUUCCCAAGAGACAGAACUACAAGAAUUACGUUCCCGAGCCGAGCGACACGACAAGCUGUCCAAGCUACUCAUAGAGGAGGUCACCAAGUUGAAGGAUAAUGCUGACAAGGAUAGGGAGCUGGCCGAGACCUACAAAUCCGAAGCCCGCGCCGCGCAAAAGCGCGUCACCGUCCUGACGCACCAGAGCAGCCUCCUCCUCGGGGAGCUCACAGCGGACGAGCGCCUGCUGCUGCUGCUGCAAGAGGUGGAGGCGCUGCGGGCCGCGCUGGAGCAGCAGCGCGCCCGCCAGCACGAGCAGCGCGAGCAGCUGCAGCUGAAACUAGCAGAGAAACACGAAGACACCGACAUAUUACUCUGGGAAGAGAAGAUCAAGUUGGCCGAAGAGGACGCCAGGAAAGCCACGGAGCGGGCCGAAAAGGCCGAAAGACGUUUAGCCGAACUGGCUAAUGCCAAGUCUGGGGCCAAACGCAGCAAUCUCAUGUCUAGGAUAAGUUACUUCGAGAGUGGAGGGACGCCUGAGAGUAGAAGUACUAGAACAGAAGUAACAGAGAAGAUAGCAGAAGUAGAAGAAGAAGUUAAAAUGGAGGAAGAUGUUGUGGAAGAAGAAAAAGUAGCAGUGAUUGAGAAAUCGGCCCCGCCAGUAUUCCACGCGCCCCCGCCCCCGCCCCCGCCGCCGCCGUGCCUGGCGCCCCCGCCUCCGCCCCCGCCCCCCGCGCCGCCCGCCUUCACCCCCGCCGCGGGCGGAGACAUGGCAGCCUUGUUGGCCAGCAAGCAGGGCAAGCUGAAGAAGACGCAAGUUAAUAACGGCGGCGCAAUCGACGCAAUAGUGGACCAAAUCAAAGGCGGAAAAUUCCACCUAAAAUCCACUGACCAGAACUUUCUGGAGCGGCGUCCCCGCGAGCAGCCGCCCGAGGCCGUCUCCGAGAUGCUGGCCAUCCUCGGCACGCUCAGGAAGAGACGGAGUGUAAGCCGACCCGCAUUUGUAGGGGGUGGCGGGGAAUGACCGAGAUGGGGGGAGAGGGGUGGUACUGAUACCCUUGUUACACCUACCGAAUAGAACGGCGAGACAGUAUCCUCGGCCAAUGGACAGCUAGCUAUUGACCGAGUGUUCGGCCACCCUACACUCGGUAGGUGUUAUCAGGGUAUAAGCAUAGAAUAACGAGUACUAGUACUACUGUACUUACUUGUUAUUCUAUGGUAUAAGUAAUAAAACUCUUUGUUAACUUUGCUACUCUUUGACGGGAAAACGGCUACCUUAUACCGUGCCACAACCUUAUCGGGUGAAAGUGGACUUAAUUGAUUAUAUUUAUGGCAUUACUUGCUAAUAUUUUAUUCCUAAAGCUUCGGAACGCUGGGCUUACCACGACUCUAUCUCAUUGUAUUUUGCCUGACAGCUCUCGUUCUAUA